GCCCUUUACAGGUCCUAUGGUCACGGUUGACUGAGGGUGCAGUUUUGCGCUGAUAGUGUUAUUCACACAGGGCUUUAGUUACCUAUUGUUUUGCACGACAUAUUUAAUCUCAAUUCUUACGUAUUUGUAACUGUGAUUUUUUUAUAUGUGAAGUAUAUUGUAGUGAUAAAAGAAUGCUUUUGAAAGCUUUCAUAUUUAUUAUUGGUACAACUACAAUCACAGCAAGUACAUUUCAAACUCUAUUCCCAGAGCAAAAUAGACUGUAUUCCUAUGCUUUUAAGACGAACGUUACCACUGGUACAGUGACACCAAUAGAGGAUGGUUCUUGGUGGUGUCUGGAAGGUUCAUUGUUGGUACAAGUUUAUGAUGAUUUUGGAAGAAUUCGAGUGCAGAUGGAAGGACCAAAGUCCACAACAAACAGCAAACACGGAGAAUCCAACUUCCAAUCGGACGAAGCAGUUCACUUCUUGACAACUCCAUGGGAAAUUAACUCCUGCUUCACUUCAAUUCAUGUCCACGCGGAACCAGAAUGGGUUACAAACAUCAAACGAGCGCUGUCAUUCAACUUCUUGCUGGCAUCACCUGCUGACAGCAAGGACACUCAUUAUACUAUUCAAGAGCCAUGUCUCCAAGGCAUCUGCUUAGCAGUGUACUUCAGGUCAGACUCCAAACUUCGCAAGUACUACAGCACUAUACAGAGCGGUGUAAUAUCGUCUCAUGCACUCCAUUGCCAGUCACAUGCUACUUCUAGUGCUUGGUAUACUACGCCGUAUCAUCCUCAUCACCCUAACUACGUGACGUCGUCGGAGCGGGAAUAUGAGUUAGAUCAGAAAACCGGUCUGGUUAGCUUGGAAAUGAGGAGCAGCGUUCAAUAUAGAACUGAAAACAAUUUACUGGCUGUUAAAACUGA